GUUUCAAAUAAAUGUGUAAAGUGAGAUUACGGUGAGAUUGAGUGAAGACGUCCAAAGUGAGUGAAACAGGAGCAGUCAGACAGCAGAGAGAUGUGGUGGGUGCUGUGGGUGCUCGCAGCCUUGCUGGCUCUCUUCUGCAGUUUUGAUGUGUGGUACUUCCUGCGGGCUGCCGUUGUGAUUCUCCGAGCCUGGUUCCAGCCUCCGAUCUGGGAUGUCACAGCAGAGCAGACCCUAACAGGCCGGGUCACUCCCCAUGACAUCGACAUGUGCCACAUGAACAAUGCCCGUUACCUCCGGGAGUGUGACUUUGCCCGCUUCUCUCUCUACAUGCGUAACGGUGUGUUCAAGGCAGUGCGAGCCCUCAAAGCUUCAAUGGUCGUGGGGGCCACCACCAUCCGUUACCGCAGGGCUCUGUGUAUAGGUGAGGGGUACGAGCUGCGGAGUCGCAUCGUCACCUGGGAUGACAAAGCCUUUUUCUUGGAGCAGAGAUUUGUGUCGGCAAAAGAUGGGUUGGUGUGUGCCGUCAUGUACUGCAAGCAGAGUGUCAUACGCAGUAGCCCAGACAAGAUCAUGCAGCACCUGUGCAAGCGGAAGGUGGAGUGCCCUGAGUUUCCAGAGGACCUUCAGCAUUGGGUGAACUUCAUCUCCGCCAGCAGCCAGGCCCUCAGAGCAGAGAGCGGACUUGAUGAGAAGAACAAAUAAGGCACUAAUUUACCCGCUCAGGGUUAAAAAGUCCUCAGAGAGAGACAUUUUUCUUCUGUUUACAAUGAGUUUACUUAAACACACAUGUGCCUUCUGAAAAUAAGCUCUACUUAGCCCCCAAUACUUACCUAUGUCAGCACUAGAAGAACUAUCACACUACAAUGUUUGGAGAGGCUGAAAAUGGAUUACUUGAAUAGGAAAGUAAUAUUAUUGUAUAAACUGUAUUCUAUUGUGCUAUGACAGCAAUAAAACAAAUCCAUUUCGAAGUCCUCUUUA